AUGCUCCAUGGACGCGGUGCAGGCGGCCCCAAGCCGAAGGGGUGGAUACGUGCCGCCAAGAACGCCUUCCUAACCCACUUUGGUGUGCGCACGGGCGGUGCUCCAGUGGACGCCGCUGCCGACGGCGCCGCCGACCCGCCCGCUGCCGACCCUCCCACCGAGGAGAUCACGAGCAGGAGGAGCAGGCGCUACGACCCGCGGUGGCUCAUCGCGCAGCCGGGCGGCGACCGGUCGGAAGAGCUGCAGCUGCGGCUCGGCUUUCGAGCACGACGCUCGGUGACGCGGGGCGCUCUCGGCGGCCGCAACUUUGAGUUUUGGCUCGAGGUGCUGCAAACGCCCGACAUCGCGCUCAACGGCGGCCCUCUUUGGGCGGGGGGCCAAGCCGGCAGCCAAGGGGUCCGCACAGCGCAAGCCAGCAGCCAAGCCAGCGGCCAUGUCGAAGCGUCAGCGACGGAAGUGAUCUGCUGGGGCUCCGCCCCAGACCCCGAGUUAGGCGCUGUCGGCGGCCAGAGGCCGAGUUACGUCUACAGGCAAAAGUCGCUCGCUGCCGUCUGA